UUCAAUUGGGGCAUUACAGUUUUCUCAUUUGUCUAUGGGGGUUUGACUAGAAAAACUUUUGCAGUCUCCAUUUCAAUUUGGUGGGAAAAAUUAAAUAAAAGAGAGGGAAGAAAUUCCUGCCAAAACUUCAAACUCCCGCUGCCUGAAAUUUUGAAUUGCAAAGUUUUUGCCCCAGAAUGUGCUGAUUUGGUGCAAUGUGUUCUCCCGCUGAUUACAGCCUGUGUUGAAAACUAAUAUUUUAGAGAUCUGGAGAUUCUCAGUUGGGUUGUGAAGUUUAGUGAGAGUGCCAUCAGUGAUCAAGCGAAAACUGAGAAGCAACUAUUGAAGAAUUAUGGAGUGCAACAGAGAUGAAGCCCUCCGGGCAAAAUCCAUUGCAGAGGGCAAGUUAGAAAAUAAAGAUUUUGCUGGUGCCAGAAAAUUUGCUUUGAAGGCUCAGACUCUUUAUCCAGGGUUAGAUGGUAUUUCCCAAAUUUUGACCACACUUGAUGUGUAUGUUUCUGCCGAGAACAAAAUAAGUGGAGAAAUUGACUGGUAUGGAGUACUUGGUGUGACCCCAUCAGCUGAUGAAGAAACACUAAAGAGACACUACCGCAAGUUGGCUCUGAGUUUGCAUCCUGAUAAGAAUAAAGCAGUUGGUGCUGAUGGUGCUUUUAAACUUAUUUCAGAGGCCUGGAGUUUGCUAUCAGAUAAGAAUAAGAGGAUACAAUAUAAUCAAAGGAGGGAACCCAGAGGGUUUCAGCAGAAGGUCCAGAUGCAUAGUGGUGGUCCAUCAGCAACCAAGGGAAAUGGGAUUUUCACCUUUGCCAAAAGGACACCAUCCCGAUCGAAGAACCCAAAAAAUGUUACUAAGCGGCCGCCGCCACCACCACCUCCUAAGCCAACUCCGGCACCACCUCCAAGGAAUGAUACUUUUUGGACUAUCUGCCAUCGGUGCAAGAUGCAUUAUGAGUAUCUUAAGGAGUAUCUCAACAGUACUCUUCUCUGUCCCAAUUGUCGUGAAGCCUUUUUGGCUUCGGAGACAGCUCCACCCUAUAAUUUUUCAAAAUCUUCUAAUCAGAUUCCUCAGCAGCAAUCUUCAAAUUCUCAUCCUAGUCGGAAUGCUUUUGAUCAGGGAAGAAAUGUUCCAGUUGCUAAAAACUCGGGUCCAUUUCAAGCAGGUACAAAUUCAGGUCGAUACCCUAAUCAGCAGGGUCCACCUUCUGGAUCAACUGGUGUUGGAAGUACAGAACCAUCUAUUGCUGCAAAAGCAGCCAAUGUUGUUCAGCAGGCACAGGAUAAGUUGAAGAGGUCAUACAGUGAAUUACAUGCGUCCGCCGUAAGGGAGGGAGGUUUUCAAAAGAGAAAACUAGAGGGUGAUAGUAGUCGUUAUGGAGUGAACUAUAAUGUAGCUACAGGAAAUGGUGGAGUUGGUAGUACUGCACCAGGGUCAAGGAUUUAUGGUUGUUCUGGUACCAACUACCAACAACCAAACAGUACCAGAGAUUUGACACCCAUUGAAAUGCGUAGUUUGUUAAUUGCAAAGACUCGAAAGGAGAUUCUGAACAAACUGAGUAUGUGGAGGUCAGAGCCUGAAGCAAUCAAAGAGAAACACGUAACCAAGGGAGGCAUGAAAGGAAGUAAAGGCACUAGUAAUAUUGAAGGACCUGGUUGGAAUGGGAAUGGUGAUCAACCAAGAAAGGUCCAGGUUUGCAAUUCUACUGUUAAUUCUAGUAAAGAGGAUCCUGAAGAUGCUUCAAUGAGUGUUCCAGAUCCAGAUUUUCAUGAUUUUGACAAGGAUAGAUCAGAAAGUUCGUUUGGGGAUAAUGAAGUUUGGUCUGCUUAUGAUGAUGAUGAUGGCAUGCCGCGUUUUUAUGCCCUCAUUCACAAGGUGGUUUGUAGAGAUCCUUUUAAGGUAAGGGUUAGCUGGCUUAACUCCAAAACGACAAAUGAAUUCAGCAAUAUGGACUGGGUUGGGUCAGGUUUCUAUAAAACGUGUGGAGAGUUUAGGGUGGGUAGGCAUGAGAACUGCAAAUCAAUGAAUGCGUUUUCUCAAAAGGUUAACUGGUCAAAGAGCUCACGUGGGAGUGUUCUAAUAGUCCCCCAGAAGGGUGACGUUUGGGCACUCUACAAAAAUUGGUCGUCAGAUUGGAAUGAGCAUACCCAUGAUGAAGUCGUACACAAGUAUGACAUGGUGACCGUGGUGGAUGACUACAAUGAGGAACAUGGUGUGCGUGUUGCUCCCCUGGAGAAGGUUGUUGGUUUCAAGACAGUAUUUCGUCCGAAUUUGAACCCUGAAGUGAUCAAGAGGAUUCCAAAGGAAGAGAUGCUCCGUUUCUCUCACCGGGUUCCAAAUCACUUGCUCACCGGCUUAGAAGCUGAAAAUGCUCCAAAAGGAUGCCUGGAGCUGGACACAGCAGCCACCCCAUUGGAACUUCUUCAGGUGAUAACUGAAGGUAACGAGGCUCCAAUUCCUAAUGGAGAAAAUGCGGAUGAAGAGGUAUUGCAGGCCGUUCCUAAUAGUAGUUCGGAUGAAGAGGUAUUGCAGGAUGCUCCUAAUAGUAGUUCAGAAGAAGAGGUAUUGCAGGACGCUCGUAAUAGUAGUUCGGAAGAAGAGGUAUUGCAGGACGCUCGUAAUAGUAGUUCGGAAGAAGAGGUAUUGCAGGACACCCCUAACAGUAGUUCAGACGAAGGGUCUGAAUCGUCUAAUUAGAGCCCAGGCUGUAUAUAUAUCUGGAGGCCGAGUAGGGAAGAAAGCAAGUCGACUUGACAAGGUAGCCAAGCAUUCAGUACUUAUUGACCGUGAUAACAUUUUUUGUUAGUUUUUGCAUCUGCACAGAAGUGGUGAGCCGUUGCGCUCUAGAAGUAUUGCAUUUUGAAACUACAGUUUAUUUUAGCAGAUUUUUUUGAAUUCGUUUUGCUGUCUUGUGAGGAGACAGAUGAGACAAAAACAAGACAAAAAUUUCUUCGUUUCUACUGACA